AUGGAGUGGGCGGAAGAUGUGUCAUCGAAGAAAUUAACAACUACACCACUCAGAUUUUAUCAACUUGAAGAUGAAAAACAUUAUGAAAUAUUUGAAGAUAAUCUCAUAGAAGAACUGCUCUUUCUUUCUUAUUUCAUGGGAGAUAUUCAUCAGUCGCUACAUGUAGGAUUCACUUCGGAUAGAGGUGGGAACAUGAUCAAUGUUUGGGAUGACAGCAUAACUGAGACUGCAGAAGAAAUAUUCUAUGAUUGUGAUGUUGAAAAUCUAGUCAAAGCUAUUCAGAAUAACAUAAUGAAAGAAUGGGAAUAUCAAGUUCCAACAAGGGAAAAGUGCAUCAGAAAUCAGAAUACUUGUCCCAACUUAUAUGUGAAACCAUUUUUUUUUAUAAAUUUGAUUACUUUCAAUAGAUAUGCAAGUGAAGGAAUAAAAGGAGCAUGUAGUUGGGCAUACAAAGGAGCAUGUAGUUGGGCAUACAAAGGAGUUGACAAUGAUUUUGUUCAUGGAUAUGACUACUUUUUGUCUCGUUUACCAAUUGUUAAUUGGCGAUUAGCUCAAGACAGCUCUUGCUUCAAAUAUAUGUUAGAAGAUGAACUAUCUCUGGUCUCUAUUCAAUCUAGAGAAGAAGAAGAUAAUGAGAAUUUGACUGGUAAAAACUAGUGUGUUGGCUGGAAAGAAAGGAGUUACUAACAAAGAAAAAGCUCAUUUGAUGAUUGAAAUGAAACAACAAAAAGGAGCAAGAGAAAUUACAAAAAAUAGCUCUCAAGGCACAAGCUAUAGGGAUGAAGAAGGUGCAAAAAGAAAUUCAAAGUUAUGAAAAAGGAAAGUUUGCUCAACAAUUCAUCAUUCCAUUAUAGUAUAACAAGGCUCAAUUGGAGUGUAGGACAAAUACUUACAAUGUUAGCUGAAAAAGGAAUUACAUUUCAAAUCACUUCAAAUGUUGUUGAAAAGUCAAUUAUUUGGCGUUGUCUUGUAGUACUAAAAUCCCAUAGCGAAUUCUCUGUGUUGACCAAGGAAGGGAUCAGGGGAAUAAUUGCUUGGAAUGAUGGUUAGAUUCAUUCCAUUCCUUUGUCCAUUCCAUUCCGUCCAAGCAAUGGCCUGUGGAAAGACCUAGAGACAGUGAAGAAAAGCAUUUCUUCCAACAAAGACAUUAAAUCUAGCAAAAAGCAGGAAGACAUCAUGCAACCCGGUCUUUUUCCAUUGCUAGAAAAACUAAAUGGAAAUUGGUUCUAUAUCCAUGGGAUUGAACGGGAAUCGGAAUCCAAUUCCAUUUUGAUCAUUCUUUUCGACGCAAGACAUCAAAGCAACGAAGAACAUGUGUGCGAAAAUGCAAAAUAUGAGAGGAAAUUUAGAAUUAUGGUACAUUAUACUUUAAAAUCAAAUAUCAAUCAACGUUGAACUUUGAUAUUUGAUGUUUAUGGAUGUUUUGAUAAACGUUGAUGGUUACAUUCUUUUGGGAUUUUAAUGUUAAAGAUUGGUUUGGGAAUGUAUAAUUAGUGGAUGUUUUUUGUAUUUAAAUGUUAAUAUUUGUUUUGAGUUAUGUAAUUAUUUGAUUUUUUGGUA